UGAUGACAUGGAUUGCAAAUACAGCAAACUCAAACCCUCUGCAAAGACUUUUUCAGACAAUUGACCUCAUGGUUAGAUGUUACCUUUUCAAGUGUCCACACUUUGUCAUCAGUGGGAUAAACUGCUGGAAUGUUCUUGGUUUUUAGUUAAAUGUUUCUGGGCCAGCAGCUUCAACAGUUUGUGCAAACUCUUCCUGAAAGAAUGGGGGCAGGAGCCUUAGCCAACUGUCAGAACACAACUGCAGUGCGACUCAAAGAGGACAUGAAGAAGAUUGUCCAGCAGCCACUGAUAAGGCAGAAAGGCCUAGGGUCCAGGAAAGCAUUUGGCAUUUCUCUACUGGACCUUCAGCAGCAAGGGCUUUUAAGCAAUGGCGUUCCAAGCCUGGUGAAGAGCAUGGUGGACUAUUUGAUGGAACAUGGGCUUCAGCAGGAAGGCCUGUUCCGGGUGAAUGGAAAUGUGAAAGUGGUGGAUCAGCUGCGUCAGAGGUACGAGAGCGGGGAGGAUGUGGACCUCGUUCAGGACGGAGAUGUGUGUUCAGUAGCCAGCCUCUUGAAACUGUUUCUACGAGAGCUCCCUGAUGGUGUCAUAACCUCCACUGUACAACUGGCAGCGAUACACCUGUACCAGGCUCACAGCGAUGACGAUCAAUUGAAGAAAGAUCUGAAAGACCUGCUGAGACAGCUUCCUGAUCUCCAUUACUGCCUGCUGAAGUACUUGUGCCAAUUCCUGACGCACGUUGAAAAACAACACAAGGACAAUCGAAUGACUGUGUUUAAUCUGGCCACAGUGUUUGGACCAAAUAUUUUUCAUGUCCGUUCCGGGCUCGAAGGUAUGAAGCAGCAGGACAUUUGCAAUAAAAUCAUGGCCAAACUGAUAGCGAACUACAGAACAAUUUUUGAGUCUGGGGAAGACAAAGAACAACCAACAGAAGAGAUUUCUAAAGUCAUUACAGUAAAAGAAGCAAAUUUUAACACCCCACCGUCAGUGAAGUAUGCAGGAAUUGCUACAGAGGUGCCGACUCCAGCUCCAAGAAAGAAGAGGGAAGCAAACUCUAAUGUACCUGAACCUUUGAAGUUGUCAAGUGGAAUUGCUACAGAAGUACCAACUCCAGUUCCACCAAAGAAAAAGAUUACAAAAUCAAAGAGUGAAGGCGCACUCAAGCCUGUACCCCAGCCUGGGCAAUCAGCAGGGAUCCCACAGGUCAGGCUGAGAAUGUCAGAAAGAGCCCACAGUCUGGAAGAGAUGGAACGAGCUGAUGAGAUGGCUGAAAAUAUUGUGAAGAGUACAGAGUCUCUGACCAGUUCUCAAGAGGAGGAAAGGUCAAUGUCUCCAUUUUACAUGAGUGCACAGAUCUCAUCUGUCAGUCAUAAACCAGCAUCUGAAGAUCUCUUGGAGAAGACAAUCAGAUCAGCAGUAGAGCAGCACCUCUUUGAUGCGCAUGGCUGCGGGGGUCAAAGUUCAGAGGAAUCUGAAUUGGGGACGUCACCCUCCUCUCCAUCAGUGACUGCCAGGCAGAGAAGACGACAUCUGAGAGAUCAGGAUGAGACACUGAGGCACAAAGACAUGGACGAUAUCAAUAAAGAGAACAUUCCCUCUGUAUUCAGCACCACCGAAGACAGUAAACCGGUCUCGCUGGAUGGAGAGAAAAAGCAGAUAGACAGCGGCACCUCUUACAUCGAGGUGAGCAUGAAACUGAAGAGGCAGAAGUCCAUCACCAAGCUUUCUGAGCUCAAAGAAAACAAGGAAGGCUUGAUUGUAAUGGAAUGUUUUGGCCCAGUGAGGCUACAGGACAGAACAAAGUCUGAGAAAAUGGAUGCUCUAGCAGAGGGAAGAAAGGAAAACCAAACUGAUGAUGACUCUGUACUGCUACCACUGAACUCAGCUAUGAAGAUUCAGGAGGUGCAGAGUGGCUUUGAGACAGCUAAAAUGCAAAGAAAUCAAGAAGCAGAUGUUUGUGAAGAAAGCUCUGUGUCUGAGGUUCCUAGACUGGAUUUGUCAGCCUUGACGGAGGACAACAGCUUGGGAGAUUCAUCUUUUUUCACUGUCUCCUUCAUUGAUUUCAAAUGUAUUGGGCAGCAGAGUUAUUAUGAGGACCCAGUGCCAGCCUGCCCAUCAUGGCAGAGGGCACAUAUGCACAUGGAGGAAGCCCGCCUCUCCCCGCAAGCUGGGCGGCGACUGAUCCGCCAGCUCGUGGACGAGGACAGCGACCCCAUGCUCUCACCACGCUUUUACACCUUCGGGCAGAGCCAGCAAUACCUGGAUGACCCCGAAGUGCCCCCCUCUCCCCCCAACGCACACUCCUUCAUGAGCAGGCGGCGUAGCGCUUCGCUGGGCUCAUGUGAAGAUGACACAGAAGAGCUCACAGGUGCCCAACUCUCCAAGAAGAUCCAGAGCUUAAAGAAGAAGAUCAGGAAAUUUGAAGAAAAGUUUGAAGAGGGGAGGAAAUACAGGCCUUCUUACAGCGACAAGGCAGCUAACCCUGAGCUGUUAAAGUGGAUGAAUGAACUUGCCAAGUUCCGAAAACAGCUGAAAGAGAUGAAGGUAAAGAUCUCUGAAGAAGGCCUGCCUCCUCAGACUCGCCAGCGCAGCUACACCCUCCCAAAGAGCUUUGGCUCCCAGCUAGAGAAGCAGGAAGCUGCUGAGAAAGCACCAAAACCCACUUUGGAGGACACACUGGAGGCUGUCCAGAAGAAGCUGCAAGAGAAGCGAGCCGAGGUCAACCGCCCCGAGGAUAUCAAGGACAUGACCCGGGAGCAGAUCUCAGCAGAGAAGUUUGCUCUGCAGAAAGCGCUGCUGUACUAUGAGAGCGUACACGGGAGGCCAGUUACAAAAAGAGAGAGAGAGCUCAUGAAGCCUCUGUAUGAUAGAUAUCGUCUUGUCAAGCAGAUCCUUUGCAGGGCAUCCACCAUUCCUGUGAUUGGUUCCCCCUCAAGCAGGCGUCGAAACCCUUUGCUGUGGCCAGUUAUUGAAGGUGUAACAGCAUCGUUCUUCGAGGACAUAAAGGAGGAGGAGGAAGACGGCUCAGAAGAUGAAAACAAUGCAAAGACAGACUUCACUGUCACCAUGAAGCCGGGUUUCAGCGUGCGCAACUUCCUGGACCAGCUGGACGAGGAGGGGGACGGCUUUAUUUCACCAGUGGAUGAUAAAACACCUUCCAAGAACACUAUUGACAUGAGGCUGUCCAAUCUACACUCUGCCACCAUGCCUGAACUUGUUGAGCAGCUUCACGAUGCAAGGGAAGACAAAAAAAGAAUCCGCAAGAAACUGAGAGAAUUUGAAGAUGCGUUUUUCAGGCAAAAUGGAAGAAAUGUGCAGAAAGAAGAACGCACCCCCAUGGCUGACGAGUACAGUGAAUACAAGCACGUUAAAGCCAAGUUAAGGCUUCUGGAAGUUCUCAUCAGCAAGAUGGAUUCUUCAAAGACCUUGUAAAUUAUUGGAAGGACUGUGUUCUGUGGAAUUCCAUUAUUUAAUAAAAUAACAAGAGGAUGAUAACAAAAACAAAGAAUAACAGUAACACAAAUACUGAAACUUUGCAUCAUUAACUCAAUAUGGUUUUCCCUAAUGAACUCAGCAGUGUUUCUUGUUUUUAAAGUGCCAUACAAAGACUCACCAGCAACUUCUGAAUGACUUUUCUAGGAUGAUUCGUUUUAUUAACCUCUAUCGUCAGAGGCACGGACACCACACUGAAACACACACACACACACAAACACACACAUGGAUAGUUGAUUCCAGGGUAGACCCAUUCAUACUGGUUUCCAGCAGCUACAACAUUUAAAGCUUUUACUGUUAAGCUGCAAAAAAAGCUGGUUGGUGAGAAUUCCUGAGAUUCUGGCCCAUUUCCAAUGAUAAGCUACGACUCUAAAGGAUGUAGCAACAGAACAAUAACUCAGAAUCAUACAUGACCCAAAAAUAAUUUCUCAUAGUUAUUUAAGUAAAUAACACUAUCUGGGUGUGUAAGCCUUAUAAAAGCUAAAGAGAAAAAAUAAGUUGUAUAGUUUGAGAGGCCUAGUUUAAAAAGGAGUGAUGUUUCAAAAUUAUUUUUAAAGCGAUUGCAAAAUUGAAGCUGUAUCAGUUUUAAUUCUGCUUUUGUGAUUAAAGCAGAUGAGGGGUGAUCAAACUACUUUCUAUUCAUGUAAAAAGAUAUACACAAUGUAAUGUGAUGGGAGUGCUAUCAAAUGAAAUGCGGGUAAAUAAAUUUUCAUCUCUUAUGUCAUACUACACGUGCUAGCCAAGAUACUGCUUACAAGAGGCAUUGUAGCACUGUGUUCCUAAUCGCCGUUUACUAUCAGUUUAAUGUGGGUCAUUAGUUCUAUCUUUGUUGUUGUCAUGUGGUUGUGUUCAAAAUACAAAAACAAUGUUACCUUAAAGGGAACUCCAAAUGUUGUAAUUAGCUUUGAGGAGUCUUAUAAUGUACGUAAACCCUGGCAGCAUGAAUUUGUGCUUUUUGUCCUGCAGAA